AUGAGCGCAUCGGAGAAGACGGCGGCUGGUUCAAUGAUAUCGCUUCUUCAUUUUCUUCCCCAAGACAUUCUCGUCGAGAUCCUCUCCAAGCUUCCUGCUAAAUCGCUAGUACGAUUCAGGUGCGUUUCUAAAUUCUUUUAUGCUCUCGUAGCUGAUCAUGCCUUUGGCGUUAUGCAUCGCAGCUUGUCCUUGAAGCUUCCCAGUAGAGAGGGCAUCCUCAUCUCUAUCUCCGCCCGUCACUCCCCCUCCCCUGCGUAUUACACCAUAAAUUUAAGCGAUGAAAACCCCCGGCGGCCGGGAAUGCUCCAAGCCAACCGUCUCGCCUACUUGGACACUGAACCCCUUCUGAUAGGCUGUUUAGGCUCCUCCUCCGAUGGCCUGAUUUGUCUGUCCAGACCCAUUGGAGACGUCGUUGUUUUCAACGUUAGUACGGGACAACGUAUUUCCCUUCCAAGAAUCCAAUUCCACUGCCCCUAUCCACAUUCAACCUGUGCACUGUUGGGGUUUGAUUCACAAUCUAAAAGAUACAAGGUUUUGAUGUCAGCCAGGAUAAUUGAUCAAGGCAGCAGGUCCAACUACAUUGAGUAUAAGCAUUGGGUUUUGACUGUGGGAGUGGAUAAAUCAUGGAGGGAGAUCAACUUCACCUAUUCCCACCCCUUCUCCCCCUCCGAUUUGUAUCCCUGCCCUAGCUACUGUAAUAGUGUCUACAUUGACGGCAUUAUCUAUUUCUAUAAUUGGCGGAUUAAAGAUUACCACAUAAUAGCAUCAUUUGAAUUUAGGUCUGAGAGUUGUUCUUUGAUACCAUUUCCAGUUGAAGGUUCAUCAUCAUCAUCACAGUAUCACUAUUGUGAUCAUAUUUUCGGAUGUUUUACAUUGUUACAAGUUGAUGGAGGUCGACUGGCUAUUGUUCUUCUUCACAAAAGAGGCAGCCUAUGCUACAUGGAUGUUUCGACUUGGGAGAAAUCUAAGGAAUGCUGGGAGAAGAUUACUAUGCCCAUUCCACUAGAAGAGAGUAGAACAAUCAACCAAUCCUUAGUGGUGCACUAUACUACGAAUCAUUUUGGGGAGAUUGUGUUGUUAUGUAAAAAUAGUGAACGAUUUUCCAUUUUAGUUUGUAACUUGAAAAGUACAGUUUGGAGACAAUUUGAUAUAGGGAAAAGUACAGUUUGGAGACAAUUUGAUAUAGGUGGAGUUGAGGAAUUUCCAUUUCUUUACUGUACGGAUGUUAGAAUGUAUAGAACUAGGGACAAUGUGUUUUCUUUGGAGUAG